AUGGCGUCCCGCGACUUCAAGGACGAUGUGGAUAUCGCUAGCGAGACGCAUAAUGUGGUGGUACCCGUCAAGGGGGCCAAUGUCGCGAGCCAUAUGGACCCCGAGCGGAGGAAGAUAGUGGAGAAGAGUCUGAAGCGGAAGCUCGACAGCCGAUUUGUAUUGUUUGUUGCCAUCUAUAUUAUGAAUUAUCUGGACAGAAACAAUAUCGCGGCAGCGCGUUUGGGCGGCCUUCAGGAGGAUCUCGGCAUCAACAACACGCAAUAUGCUACUUGCUUGAGUAUCCUUUACGUUGGCUAUAUCCUGAUGCAAGUACCCAGCAACAUGCUCAUCAACCGCAUCUCGCGCCCCUCGGUCUACAUCUCCGUUGCGAUGGUCCUGUGGGGCAUGAUCUCGAUCCUUUCCGGCAUCACGCAGAACUUUGGGGGCAUGGUCGCCAUCCGGUUCUGCAUCGGCUUCGUUGAAGCGGCCUUCUUGCCUGGCGCCCUUCUCAUCUUGUCCAAAUGGUACACGCGCCGCGAACUCACCCUCCGGAACGCGAUCCUUUUCUGCGGAAACCUCAUCUCUAACGCUUUUUCCUCGCUUGUUGGAGCGGCUGUGCUUUCGAAUAUGGAGAACACGCUGGGCCAUCGUGCAUGGCGCUGGCUUUACUGGAUUGAAGGGGCCGCCACGAUGGCGAUCGCCAUCGCUGCAGUGUUUAUCCUCCCCGAUCUGCCACAUAACACGAAGGGCUUCACCGAAGAGGAACGCGCCGUCGCCGUGCUGCGCAUGACCGAAGACGUGGGCGAAGCAGACGCAGACUCAGAGACCCAGUCCCCAUACGCAGGCCUCAUCAUGGCAGUCAAAGACGUCAAAAUCUACGUCAUGAUGCUGACCUUCACGGCCUACGUCGUGGGGCUCAGCUUCAACGCCUUCUUCCCCACGCUGACGGGCACGCUCGGCUUCCCCUACAUCCCGACGCUGCUGAUGUCGGCGCCGCCGUGGGUCUUCUCCUGCAUCGUCAGCCUGAUCAACUCGUGGCACGCGGACCGCACGCAGGAGCGCUUCUGGCACAUCGUCGGCCCCAUCCUCUUCGGUAUCGUCGGCUUCGUCAUCAGCAUGUCCACACUCAACGUCGCCGCCCGCUACCUCGCGCUCUUCCUGCAGGCCUCCUCCUACGCCGGCUUCAUCGUCUUCUACUCGUGGAUCUCGUCGUCCUUCCCGCGCCCGCCUGCCAAGCGCGCCGUGGCUAUAGCUAUGAUCAACGCGUUUUCGCAGCUCGGCAACAUCGCUGGCUCUUAUGUGUGGAAUCUGCCGUCGAAUGGAUAUAGGAAGAGCUAUGGGAUUGUGUUGUCUAUGUUUGGCGUUACGAUUGUGGGCUGCUAUGUCUUCAAGGUUAUUUUGCAGCGGCUGAAUAAGAAGAUUGAGGAGGGCGAGAUGGCGUGGGAGGUGCAGGGAGACGUUGUGGAGCAGACGGCCAGGAUGGAGGGUGUGUCUGUCGAGGAGGGGACGAAGCUGCAGCAGGGAUUCAGAUAUCUUGUUUGA